AUGGCACUUCUAGUCGACAAACACCGUCCUCGAAACCUUGAUGCCCUCAGCUAUCACCCCGGGCUGUCAGAGCGACUACGAGCUCUUGCACAAAGUGGUGACUUUCCCCAUUUACUCGUAUACGGCCCAUCAGGUGCUGGUAAGAAGACUCGCAUAGUCGCCACCCUCAAAGAACUCUACGGUCCUGGGGUAGAAAAGAUCAAGAUCGACGCUCGAGUCUUCCAAACCACCACGAACCGCAAGCUCGAAUUCAACAUUGUCGCCUCCGUCUACCACCUCGAGAUUACGCCUUCAGAUGUCGGAAACUACGACAGGGUAGUCGUGCAAGAUCUUCUCAAGGAAGUUGCACAAACACAACAGGUCGAUCUAGGUGCAAAACAGCGCUUCAAGGUGGUAGUGAUCAAUGAAGCAGACCACCUGACGAGGGAUGCGCAGGCCGCGCUGAGGAGGACGAUGGAAAAGUACAGUCCAAACUUACGGCUGAUAUUACUGGCAAACUCCACCAGCAACAUCAUUGCACCCAUUAGGAGUAGAACGCUGCUUGUGAGGGUGUCAGCACCAACAGAGACGGAGAUUUGCGAGGUGUUGAGCAAGGUCGGAAAGAAGGAGGGCUGGAAGGAGGUUGAGAGUUUGAACCGAAGAAUUGCGAAAGAGAGUGGAAGAAAUCUGAGGAAGGCGCUGUUGAUGUUUGAGGCGGUGCAUGCGCAGAAUGAGAAGAUUACAGAUCAGACACACAUCCCACCACCGGACUGGGAAGCCCUCAUUGAACAGAUCGCACGCCAGAUCGUCGAAGAACGCUCGCCACAACGCCUCCUACAAGUCCGCGCCUCGCUCUACGAUCUGCUAUCGCAUUGCAUCGACUCAACCACAAUCAUCAAGACACUCACAUGGAAGUUGAUACCCAAGACGGAGGAUGCGUUAAAGCCGGAAGUCAUCAAGUGGGCUGCAUUCUACGAGCACCGGUGCAAGCUGGGUGCAAAACAAAUUUUUCAUUUGGAGGCCUUCGUCGCAAAGUAUAUGCGACUGUAUGAAUCAUACUCUAUGGGUCUCGACUUUGAUUCGGCGUAA